AUGAACACCCAAAUGCUGUCACUAAAAACCAUCUAUGGGGCCUAUCUUAUUGCCAAGUUGGCUGAUCGUGCGUAUGGCUUAGACUCUUUGCCCUCUGAGGUUUCACUUGAAGUUGGUAACUUCAAAUCACAAGCUUCGAGAUCAAGGGUUUUAGAAGGAGAUCAUGGAGGAGGUCUCUGUGCCAGGAUGGCUGGAUCGAAGUAG